AUGGAAAUUGAGGAACUGAUCAGCAGUUUCAAAGAAAGUCACGUAGGCCAGCAUGAGCUAGAUAUACAAGCGAUCAGGAAGCAACUCAUACAAACAAUGUGUCCCAACAACAGCAGUAGUAACAACAACAACUCUACUCCACUCUCAACCCCCAAGUUGAAGUCUUCGCAGUUGUCAAACUCCUCCAAUGGUGGUGGUGUCGAGAGGCGUGGUUCGAUAAUGUUGGAGGAUAGCUACGAUGGCGGUAGCUUGCUUUUUGCUUCUAAUCCCAGCGCUUCCAAGCCAGUAUCGACGUCUGCAUCGUCUGGCUCUUAA